AUGUGUAAGCCUGACGAAAAACCUUUACCGGAUCCGACUGUUGUUGGCGCAAUGGAGGCCUUAAAGGCUGCAUAUGAGAGAAAAGUGGUACCAUCGGAAAAACGUUAUUUAUACAGUGAAUUCGACACGCCACCAUUACGUGACCAAGAAUUUACGGGUAAACCAACGAUAUUAUUGCUUGGUCAAUAUUCGGUGGGUAAAACAUCCAUGAUAUCAUAUUUAUUGAAUGGCAAUUAUCCCGGUGCUGAUAUCGGUCCUGAACCAACAACCGAUUUUUUUGCGCAUGUGGAUUACAGCGAGAAACCACAAACGAUAUCGGGCAUAACGUUGGCUUCCGACAAGACUUAUCAAUUUCAGUCAUUAAAUGUAUUUGGUGACGUAUUUUUAAACAAAUUGAGAGCUACACGUUUCAAAGCACCACUUUUGAAGUAUAUUUCUAUCAUUGAUACACCUGGUAUUCUUACCGGUGAUAAACAGGUAGAAAGUAGAGGUUAUGAUUUCUCAAAAGUUAUCAAAUUUUUAUCCAGCAAAGUUGAUUGCAUAUUUUUGCUAUUUGAUGCUAACAAGCUUGAUAUCAGCGACGAAUACAAACAGGUCAUUCAAAUUUUGGAAGGUAACGAAGAUAAAAUUAAAAUCAUUUUGAACAAAGCUGACUGGGUUAAACCACGUGAAUUAGUUCACGUACGUGGUGCGCUGAUGUGGGCACUUGGGAAAAUUAUGCGUUGUCCUGAAGUACCGAAAGUUUUCAUUGGCUCAUUCUGGCCAUAUUGGUCUGACAAAAAUAUUCUUCUGCGUGAUGCAAUUAAAGAAGAUUUAGCAGCUGUUGUUAAAGAAAUUGCUGAUUUACCUAAUUCAUAUCAUCGUAGACGUAUCAAUGAUGUAGCAAAACGAGCCAGAAAUGUACGAAUUCAUAGCUACGUAAUGAAUGAAAUCGUAAGAAGAAAACUAUUUUUCACCAAGACUUUAACAGCAACCGAUACGGAGACGCAACCACACAAAUUACGUAACUUAUACAAGACUUUGGCGACAAGCCGGCGAAUUGUUCUAAAUGAUUUUCCUGAUCCUGAAUCGUUUCAUAUUAAAGCUAAAGAGACUAAAGCAAAAGAUUGGGCACGAAUUGAUCGCAAAUUAGAAAAGUUACUCAAUUCAUUUAUUGAAAAUGACAUUUCAUUAAUUGCAAAUGCAGUAGUAAAUGAAAAAGAAUGCGAAGUGAAAUUUUCAGUACCAAAGAAAGUACCACUUCCUGAGGAUUAUAACAAAUUGGUAAAAAGCAAAAAAUUGCCUCAAUUUCUUGUUGAAAAUUCAAAAAGUCAUUCAUCAAAAGGAGAGAAAAAGUUGUCUGAGAAGGGUUCAAAAGAAAAAAGUGUCGAAGAAAUAAAACACAAAAAUGUAAGAAAUGAAAGUAUCAAAGAUAAAAGUGGAAAAAGUAAUAAGCAAAGGAAAAAACAUCGAAACAUUGCAAAGAAAAGCUCUGAAGAAUCAAAUCAAAAAUUAAAUGUAAAAAGUGAGAAAGAAUCAGAAAGCACACAGAAACAGAAUCCACGGGAAAUCAAUCAACAUGAAAAAGGCAUUGAAAAGAAACGCAAAGAUAAAGGAAUUUCACGAUCGAAAAUGAAAGAAAGUGAUAGCGCUGGCGAUACAUAA